CCAGCGCCUCUCGGGACGGCGGCCUCGCACCGCGGAGGCAGGAAGGCGAAGGCGGCGCCGCGGCGGGCGAGGGGUCCGGCGCCUGCUGGGCCCGGCUAGGCCGCCGCCCCUCGCCUCGGCCCCCUCAGGCCACCCGUGCGGCUUUCCCAUGUCUCAAUGGGCCCCUCGGUGUAAUAGCGUCUACACGUUAGAAGCGGAUAUGAAGAGUGACGUUUCUUCUGGUGCACCAAAGAGCCAGGAAAACCUGAAGGGGAUCCUCUUGAACCCUCCACCCACCGAGGCCGCCAAAAACUUCCCAGAGGAAGAAGUCGAAAUGAUUGCCAGCAAAGUGGGAGACAAAUUCUCCCACCUCUGUGGCGACGCUCAGAAGCAGAAGGACCUGAACAGCGGCCGUCCCGAGCAAGAAGCCAUCGUCGUGCGGAAGAAACGCAAGAGCCAGCAGGCUGGCCCUUCCUACGCCCCAAACUGUGGGGGCAAAGAGACCCCCCCCAUUUUAGGGACAAGGCAGCGCCUUGAUACGCAGAGCGAGGACAACGACUCUUCCUUUAGCGACUGUGCCUCUUCGCCUUCCUCCAGCUUGCAUUUUGGAGACUCCGACACCGAAACCUCUGACGAGGACAAGGAGGCGGCCCCCGUGCGGCAGCCCCGGGCCGUCCUGAACACGUCCAGCAGAAUUCACGGUUCUCGGCCGCAAAAGUGGCCCCGGACAGAGACGGACUCUGUCUCAGGGAUAUUGUUGAAAAGGCCCUGUUUCCACAAUAGCAGUUCUCGGAGGAGGCUUCCAUACAGGAAGCGGUUUGUGAAAACCAGCUCGGCGCAACGAACGCAAAACCAAAAAGAGCGGAUUUUAAUGCAGCGGAAAAAAAGGGAAGUAUUAGCUCGGCAGAAAUACGCUUUGUUGCCCAGCUCUAGCAGUACCAGCGAGAAUGACCUCAGCAGCGAGUCCUCUUCCAGCUCCUCCACUGAAGGAGAGGAAGACCUCUUUGUGUCAGCUGGGGAGAAUCACCAAACCAACACUGCUGUUCCCUCAGGGAGCAUCGAUGAAGAUGUGGUGGUGAUCGAAGCGUCUUCGACUCCCCAAGUAACUGCCAAUGAAGAAAUCAAUGUUACCUCAACAGACAGCGAAGUAGAGAUUGUCACUGUGGGUGAAAGCUAUCGAUCUCGGUCCUCGCUUGGGCAUUCUAGAUCCCACUGGGGCCACAGUUCAAGCUCCCAUGCUUCACGGCCACCGGAGCAGCGGAACCGCAGCAGGGUCUCCACAGUCAUCCAGCCCCUGAGGCAGAAUGCGGCAGAAGUCGUGGAUCUCACGGUGGAUGAGGAUGACCCAGCCAUCGUGCCGACAACUUCCUCCCGAGUGGACCCUCGGGCUGCCAGUUCUGCUUCCGAGCGUGGCCCCGCCGCCACCCCAUCAGAGCAGGUCCCCGAAGUAGCUUCGAACAUUUCCAGCAGCCAGCCUUUGUUGCCAACGGAGCCACUGGCUGUCCUGCCCAACAGCAGCACCGCUGGGAACUCGGCAGCUGAUGACGCAAGAGGAAAUGCCUCCAGCCGCACCCUGGAGCCCAGCCCCCCAGCGAUGCCAAGGCUGCCCUCCUGCUGCCCCCAGCACUCUCCCUGCGGCGGCUCCUCGCAGAACCAUCACGCCCUCGGCCCGCCCCACGCCAGCUGCUUCCAGCAGCAUGGCCACCACUUCCAGCACCACCACCACCACCACAGUCCCCACACCGGCGUCCCGCUUUCACCCCCGUUUGGCGAAUCCGGCUGCCCUGUCGACAGGCCUCCCCCCGUCCCCGCCCCCGGGGGGCCCAGCAGCAGCGCCGGCACCGCCUUCCACGACCAGCAGGCCCUGCCGGUAGAUCUGAGCAGCAAUGGCAUCCGGAACCAUGGAAGUGGCUCCUUCCACGGGGCGUCUGCCUUCGACCCCUGCUGCCCAGGCUCAUCCUCCCGGACGUCCAUGUAUGGGCACCAGGCGGGGGGUGCUCCGAACCAGCCAAUCACCAUGGACAGCUACAGCGCAGGCAUGGUCCCCCCGCCCCCCGCCCAGGCCUCUCUGUCGUCCUGCCGCCACUACCUGCACUCGCCUUAUGCCUCCUUGACACGCCCCCUCCACCCCCAGGCCGCAGCAUGCCCCCAUUCCCAUGGCAACCCCCCUCCCUCGGCGCCCCCCCAGCCCCCCCCUCAGGUUGACUAUGUCAUCCCCCACCCCAUCCACCCCUUCCACCCCUCCAUCUCCUCCCAUGCUGCCUCCCACCCAGUCCCGCCCCAGCCCCCCCCUCACCCGCUGGCCAACGCAGCAGCCCCCAUCCCUCAGCCCCUCCCCAGCACCCACCACCUCCCUGCCGCGGCCCCCUCGGCCCAGCGGCUGCACCCGCACGAGGUGAUCCAGCGGAUGGAGGUCCAGAGGCGGCGCUUGAUGCAGCACCCCACGCGAGCACACGAGCGACCACCACCCCAUCCGCACCGGAUGCAUCCCAACUACGGCCAUGGCCAUCACAUCCACGUGCCACAGACCAUGUCUUCGCAUCCUCGACAAGCGCCAGAGAGGUCGGCCUGGGAACUGGGAAUCGAAGCUGGCGUGACGGCGGCCACCUACCCGCCGGGCCCGAUGCACCCUCACUUGGCUCACUACCACACCCCCCCCCGGCUCCACCACUUGCAGAUUGGUGCGCUUCCUCUCAUGGUUCCUGACAUGGCGGGCUACCCUCACAUCCGUUACAUUUCAUCGGGAUUGGAUGGAACUUCAUUCAGAGGCCCUUUCAGGGGCAAUUUUGAGGAAUUAAUUCAUCUGGAAGAACGUUUAGGAAAUGUGAAUCGUGGAGCUUCCCAAGGAACAAUUGAAAGAUGCACUUAUCCCCACAAGUACAAAAAGAGGAAACUGCACUGCAAACACGAUGGGGAAGAAGGGACUGAGGAAGACACCGAGGAAAAGUGUACCAUAUGUUUAUCUAUAUUAGAGGAAGGGGAAGAUGUCAGACGCCUCCCGUGUAUGCAUCUUUUCCACCAAGUGUGUGUCGACCAGUGGUUAAUCACAAACAAGAAGUGCCCCAUUUGCAGAGUGGACAUUGAGGCUCAGCUGCCAAGCGAAAGUUGACAGGCUUUGGCCUCGGCGCCCUGCUUUCCUCCCUCACGCCCAUAUCCUUCCUGGUACUGCAGUCAACCAAAGAUGGCAUGACUUACCCGUGCAGUUGUGGGAAGCAUUUGAACCUGCUGGAGUGCCGUUUGUCUGCUCUGUGGUAUACCUAAUGCUAACCCUACAGUUAGUGUAUUUAUAAAGCUUAUUUUUUGUUGGUUUGUUUAGCCCUUACAGACUCCUAACCUGUUUUCCCCGUACUUUUGCAUGGAUCGCUCCCAAUAUUGCAUUUCUUUGCACAUGUUAUGGGCUUAGUGACUCCCCCCAAACUUGCAGGCAAGAUUAUCUGCUUUAGAAAGUAGAACCGUGUGGUCCUUCCCCCCUUUUUUAUUUGUACCUAAAGUCAACCUUCCAGAGUAUGAUUUCACUCAUUACUAACCUCAGAGUCCUUAAUUUAAUCAAGUAUUUUAGUUUUAAAUGUAUAAAGAUCAACUUUAAGAAAGGAUAUUUUUUUUAAGACAUUCCUUAAUUAGGAAAAAAAGCUGCUGUAUACUUGCGUGGGAGAGAGAUGCCAGGGGCUUCUCCCGGGCGAGCUUGUUAAAAGGAAUAGGGGGCUGCCCUUGAGCGUGGCCAGGGCGGUCUGCCCGGUCUGCCUGCCUGGCACCAUCAGCCCUAACCUAACCUGGGAGUAUCGCCUUCACAUCCUGUAAUUUCAGACUAAUACGAUUGGAACAUCCUUCUCAGAUCACAUUUUUAUGUUCUUAAGCCUUCAGCACAAUGCAGAUACCUUUGAAUGUCAAUAUUAAAAACAUUUAGACUGCUGUCUGAUUGUAUGUACCAUUUUCUUAUGUCUAGCAAUUCGAAUCACUAACAUAAAACUUUACCGCUGUGAACAGCUCUGAUGAACACUAAAUAUUUGAUUUCAACUAUCCGGGUUGUAGAUAUACGCAGACCGAAUAAAACAAAUACCAGGAGAACAAGGGGAAGAGCAGGGUUUUUGUCUGUCUUUCGUUUUUUUGUUCUGUUGUUCAGUCUUAUGUUAAACUCAUCUACUGAUCUGCAGAAACUGGUUUUGUAAAAAGAAAAAAAGGAAAAA